UAAAGAAACAAUUUAUGUUAAACUUCAAUUUCUUGCAGUUUGGAGAAAUUCUAGGAAUUCUUCCAAAUACAGUCGCUGAAGCUGCAAGAAGCUUUGAAUCUAAAAUUCACUGUCUUGUACUACCAGCAAUUGAGAUUCCAAGGUGGUUCAAAUUCAACCAUCACCAGAGUGUUGGAGAUUCCGUAUCAUUCUUGGUUGGUCCCAAAUUUUCAAAUUUGGUUGUUUGUAUUGCUUUUCCAUCAAAGGAUGAGAACAGCAAUAUGGAGAACCAUUGUUUCAUUGACAUUUCCAUCAAUGGUGUUAAACAACCAUUCAUGGAUUUUGUUAAUUAUGACCAUGUAUGGUUAAUUUAUGGGAAAGUGAAUAUAUCAAAUCCAUCUGAAGAGAAUCGCAUUAAGGUUGAGGUUAGACAAAUGGUGCAGAUAAGAUCGAAGAAUACGAUGAGGAUUUAUGUAGAAUGCAUCUGUUGUCCUGCCUCAUCUAUGGAUCAAUGGGCUUUCAACAAUGGGGAAGAAGAUUCAGGCCAUGUUGGAAUCCGACACCGACUGCAAAGAAGAAAUCAUCGACCAACCCAUGCUAGACAUCCCCAAAAACACUACCUGUCUCGCUUUGGAUGGCUUCGAAUCCGAUUCCAACUCUGGAAACGAAGCUCCAAACCCUGGAGACGGUGAUUUUCUAAUGGGUUUCAUGACCAGGGUUCAUCUUCAAUCCCCAAUGCCUUUUUCAAUGAUGAUACCAACACCAAUCUGUAUGCACCAUCAUAGAAGACAAAAACAUCUUGAUUCAGCUUUAAAGAGAUGGUUUGCCUCUCUCUAUUUCUCUAAAUUUAAAGGAUUAUUCAUAGGAUUGUUGCUCAAGUAUAUAUUGUGUUUCAAGUAAAUAAUAGCGAAAUCAAAUUGUUGGGCUAUGUAAUUAUAGUUUAUACAAGAAACAUUUUAUUUCUUUAUUUCUUUUUCAAUGUAGAUAAUGCCUUG